AUCCCGCCAACCGCCGUCCACCAUUGCGUUCUGCCAUGUGGGAUCACGUCUCGUCUGUCACCAUCACAAAGUCGACCACUUGUGCUUGUGGUGGCUAAGCAGCAAGAGGAAUGACAGCAUCAGAGUCAGGCAGCAGUGAAGAUGUGGAUUCUAGCAUCAAAGCCCAACUGGAGGAUGAGGUUAUCCGGGAGGCCCUUACUUCAGGCAUGGAUCUGCGGCAGUAUUCACAGUCUGUAGAAAAGGAGCUACGUCAGUUGGAGAAUCUAAGUAUUCAGGAUUACAUUGGCAAGGCUCAGAACAUUGCCACACUCCAUCACCAGAUUACAGAAUGUGACUCCAUACUUGAGAACAUGCAAGGGAUGUUGGAAGGUUUCUUGACCCAUCUGUCGACCAUCAGUCAGGAGAUACAGUCUCUUCAAGAGCAAUCAGCCUCUAUAAAUGUCCAGCUCACCAACAGGAAGCAAGUCCAUGUAGAAAUGUCAACCUUUAUUGACCAGCUCAUGGUUCCUGAAAUUAUGAUUCAGCAUAUCCUCAACACACCUGUCACAGACAACCUCUUCAUGCAGCAGCUCAAGGCUCUCAACCAGAAAAGCAAAUUCAUCAAGGAACAGAAUUUUAGAGAUGCCCAUUCUUGCCAAGAUGUACAGGACAUUGUAGACAAACUCACAGUGAAAGCUGUCACCAAGAUAAGGGAGUAUCUACUGCAAAAGAUAUACCAGUUCCGGAAACCUCUCUCCAAUUACCAGAUACCACAGAAUGCCAUGAUUAAACAUAAGUUUUUCUUUGAAUUUUUACUUCUACAUGCAAGAACAGUUGCUGCUGAAAUACAUGAUGAAUAUGUUGAAACUAUGAGUAGAGUGUACAGCUCAUACUUCCAGUCCUACACCAAGCAGUUGUGGAAGCUGCAGUAUGAAGAAGGUGUGACCCGGGAUGAUCUGAUGGGAGUUGAAGACUCUCGUGCCAACAGCUUCUUCACCAAAAGUCUAAAGAGCAGAGGGACUGUGUUCACUUUGGGUACUAGGGAUUCAGUACUCUCGCCAACUGGCCUCAUCCAGGAUAUUAUUGUGCCACACACUGCUGGCAAAGGGGAGACUAAGUAUGCCUUUGAAGUCCUCUUCAGGAGUCAGCAAUAUGCACUAAUGGACAAUGGGUGCAGGGAAUACAUCUUUCUGACAGAGUUUUUCAUGGUGCAUGAUGCAGAUGCCAUGAAACUCUACAUGACUGUCAUGGGAAAAACUCUUCAGCAUGUCCAGAAAGAAGUCUGUGGUGUGGUGAUGGGUUGCUAUGAUUCCAUUGCCCUGUAUCUCUGUGUUCACCUCAUCCACCAAUACCGGUUACUGUGCCAUAAGAGAGCUGUUCCUGCCUUGGACAACCAUUGGGAACAACUUCUUCACAUGAUAUGGCCAAGAUUUGAGUACGUGGUGAAGAUGAACAUCCAGAGUAUUCAGGCGUGUGACCCAUCUAAGAUGGCCGCUUUGGACAUGAGACCACACUAUAUCACACGACGUUAUGCGGAGUUCAGUGGUGCUGUGAUGGUGCUACAUGAAAAGUUUCCCUUGGAGGGUGUGGAUGGCCUAAUGCUGCAGCUCCAGGAUGAGGUGGAGAAGGUUAUCCUCAAGAUGGCUGCUGUUUUUCAUAACAGGAAAGAUCAGCUAAUUUUCCUCAUCAACAAUUAUGACAUGAUGCUGUCAGUUCUUUCGGAAAAGACAAGGGAGGACAGCAGAGAGUGUGAACGACUGAAGGAACUCUUGGGUCAGCGGACAGGAGAAUAUAUUGAAGAAGUGUUAGCACCUCAUUUUGGAGGCAUGUUGACCUUUGUGAGAGAGACCGACCACCUCAUUGCCAACAAUAACACUGAAGCUCUGAAGGAUUAUGAAAAGAAAGUUGUUCCUCUUGUGAGAUCCUUCUCAUCAACUUGGAAGAAAUCUGUGGAGCGGCUAAACAAUGAAGUUAUGCAGUGCUUUACCAACUUUCGAACAGGCACUGUAGUAUUGCAGCGUGCCCUUGAGACUCUCAUCACUGCCCACCACACUUUCAAUCGAACCCUGGCCCAUGCAGCCUUCCAUCACCUGAACAUCAAGGCAGACAUUGUUAAUUCUCACCACUUAAUAGUGGAAGCUAAAAAAUACAAGCCAACUUUUUAGAAAAAAGCCUGAAACAUGUAUAGUACCGUCAAAAAUACAUUAGAUACAUUGGUAUAUUUGGGAUGAUAUUUAUCUAUGUUAUAGGUAUGGUUGUGGUACACUUGGAAAUAUUCAUUGCAUGAAUGUAGACUUUAUAUGGUUGGAGAGCCAGGUAUUUGAACAUCUUAUCUGAUUACUCUUACCUGAUGAUUUGUUAUUGUUUGUGAAGAAUAUAUGUUAGACCCACUGUAUAGAAAAUCAUUUGAUUAUGUGAUCCUUUGCAUAUAGCUGGAAAUAGAGUGGUAUUUUGAUUUAUGAGUGCCCUAACUUAUGAGGUUUUUUUUCUUUAAUUCAAGCUGUCACUUUGAGGAUUUUUUGUUUUAUGUUGCAAGCAAAAUUCAAGAUAUGCAAGCUUCAGAUAUGCCACUGCUGAAUAUGAAAUGUGCCAUACACCAGCAUUAAUAGUCUCAUCUCAGGAUUAAGGGAGUUAAAUGUUUAUUCAAAUGAGAAAAAUUCACAUAUUUUGGGCCUCAUUGAAAUUAUAUUAUAUGAUGAUUUAGAAGGCAUAAAGAACAUUGGAAAAAAUAUAUACAAAAAUUUGGGAAAAAGUAUAGUAAAUAAGAAAGUAAGAGGAAUUCUAUUUUUAGUUAAGAAAAGUGUAAAAGUGAUUGAAAUAUAAUAUGACAAUGGACUAGCCGAGAUUGGAGUGGAAAAUAUAUAAGAAAAAAAAGAGACAAUUCAUACUGACUUACAUACCACCCAAAGGUAAUGCUGGUAAAACAAAGAAUAUGAAGAAAUUAUGAGAUACAAAGAACUGGUUAGAAAAAAUGGUGAGUAGUGAAAAAGUGAUAAUGACUGAAGACUUUAACUCUACAAUGUGCUGGGAUGAAUGAUACACUGUGGGGAUGGAAUGAGCUUGGAGAAAUAAAUUAUUUCAAUUGGCAA